AUGAAGCGUGUAAGAAAAAAGCCUCUAUUAUCAGCAGCUAAUAGUAAUAUUAAUAUCCCCGAGGAUGUGUUAUUAAGCAACAUAUGCAUUCGAUUACCAGCAAAACAGCUUGCUCAAAUGAGAUCCCUCUCUAAAACCUGGAAUGCCCUCUUGUCCCAUCCUUCCUUUAUCCAAUCUCAUCUCGACCGUUCAAUCAAUACCAACGAAGACGAAAUUCUUGUGUUCUUUUACAAUGUAGAUUUUUCACACAGGGAACCGUGUACCGCCCACCCCUCAGGAUCUCCUAGUGAAGACCUCACUAAUCUAAUCAAACCCUUACCUGGAUACAACAGUAUUAUUGGUUCCGUUAAUGGCUUGAUAUGCUACCUUAAGUAUUACUCAUACUACCAUAUUCAUUCCCUUCGCAUCUGGAACCCUUCUCUCUCAGCCACAACGGCUCUCCCACCCUAUAUUGAUAUUGGUGUAUACGACCCCGUACCCUCCUUUCGGUUUGGAUUUGAUCCCAAAACUAGUGAUUAUAAAGUUGUUAAGAUAGCAACCAGGUUUGAUAGUCUGAACUUUAUGACUGAAGAAUUUCUUCCCGUAGAGGUGUAUAGUAUGCGAAAGGAUUCUUGGGAAUUCAUCACCGAAAGGUUUCCAUCCCAUAUUAAACGUAUUCAAGACCUCGAUAAAGUUCACGUGGAUGGAUACGAUGGCCAUGUUCAUUGGCUUUGUUAUGUUGAUACGAAGCACAUGCUUCAUACAAUAAUAGCAUUUGAUUUAAAUCUUGAAAUUUUUAGUGAGAUAUUGCUUCCAGACUGUAUACGAAGCAAUUGCGGAAGGAGAAAAGCUUUGGGAUUAUUGUCCCGAAAUCUUUGUGUGAUAUCUUGCAACUACUAUGAUGGUUAUGAUUGUGAGGUGUGGGUGAUGGAUAAGUAUAAGGUGGCUAGCUCAUGGAUAAAACUACAUGUGUUAUCCGGGUAUAGUGGUGAUAUUAUUCCGAUUGGAUUCACUUUGAACGGGAAGUUCCUUUUCGGACAUGAUCGCACUCUAGCUCUGUAUGAUCCAAAUGCAGCCGCAUCUAAACUGUUUAAGGCUAUGAAACCAGUUCACUCAUCAACCAGAGUUGCUCAGUAUAUUGACAGUCUGGUUUGGCCGGUCAACGUGAAGCAUAAAUUGUGA